AUGAAAUCACACCUCCAAGCAGCCCUGGCCCUGGCCAGCGCCGCCUCGGUCUGCGCCUCCGCCGCCAGCGACGCCUUUGACUGGGACGCCAUCACGCCCAGCCACGACCUCGAGUACCACGCCUGCUACGAGACCUUCCAAUGCGCGCGCCUCCUCCUCCCGCUCGACUGGCAGGACAAUUCCUCCUCCUCCUCCAACGCCACCAUUGCCCUCGCCCUCAUCCAGUCCCCCGCCUCCGUACCCGUAGACGACGCCACCUACGCCGGCCCCGUGCUCUCCAACCCCGGUGGCCCCGGCGGCUCCGGCGUCGGCCACCUCCUGCGCGCCGCGGCUCAGCACCGCGCCAUGGUGGACACGCCCGGCAAGAAGCACUUUGAGUUCGUCUCCUUUGACCCCCGCGGCAUCGGGCGCACCACCCCGCAGGUCAACUGCUACCCGGGGGGCAACCUGGCGCGCACGGCGGCGACGCUCAAGGCGCGCGGCAGCGGCGGCCUGAACGGCGGUCCUGCGGCGGUGCCGUGGAAUCUGGGCCUGGCGGAGCUUGCGGGCGGGCGCUGCGACGUGGCGAAUGGGGAGCUGCUCAAGUAUGUGGGCACGACGAGCGUGGCCAGGGAUAUGCUGGCCGUGGUGGAAAAGAUUGACGAGUACAACAAGAAACAAAAGAAGAAGACGGCUAAGAAGGAGGCAAAGGCGGUAGAGGGUGAUGCUCAGCUGGAGCUGCGCAGUGUGGGUAGUGACAAGGAUGAUCUUCCGCGUCUGCAGUAUCUCGGAUUCUCAUACGGCACUGUCCUCGGAAACUACUUUGCCUCCAUGUUUCCGGAGCGCAUUGGCCGUAUCCUCCUCGACGGCGUCUGCGACAUUGACGACUAUGCAACCGGUGAUGGCUGGCUCUCCAACACUGUAGACACUGAUGAAAUGGUCGACAUUUUCUUCCAGGGGUGCUUCGAUGCCGGCACCUCCAUCUGCCCCCUCGCCCGCAGCACGGACAAGUCGGGCGACGACAUUGCCGAGCGCUUCUGGGCCUUUGUCGCGGCCCUCGACGAGAGCCCGACGUUUGUCAGCCGGGCCGGCCAGGACGACACCUACAUCCUGCAGCCCAACGACCUUCGCGCCCUGCUGCUCGGCACCAUGUACCGGCCCCUCGACCUCUUCAAGCAGGCCGCCGACACCGCCGACGCCGCCAUGCGCGGCAACACGACGGACCUCUACGACCUCCUCGCCGCCAUCGCGGGCGGGCCGCUCGAAGACGCCUGCCCGAUCGGCAACCGGACCGAGGCCUCGGCGGAGGGCGCGCCCGACGCGCAGAGCGCAGUGCUCUGCGGCGACGGCGACGACAUCACCGGCCGCGACACGGCGUUUUGGCGCACCUACGUCGCCAAGCAGCUGCAGCAGUCGGCCGUCGCGGGCGCCUCCUGGGGCAACAUCCGCCUCUCGUGCAGCAACUGGAAGACGCGCGCCGCGUGGCAGUUCCACGGGCCGUUCACCGCGCCGCCGGCCUCGAAGAACGCGUCGGUGCCGGAAAAGGGCAAGCCCGCGGCUCCGGUGCUGUUUCUGUCAAACAGGUACGAUCCGGUGACGCCGCUCCGCGCGGCGCGCACGGUGGCGGCCAAGUACCCCGGCGCGGGCGUGCUCGUGCAGGAGGCAAUGGGGCAUUGCGUGUUUGGCAGCCGCAAGGCGACAGAGUGCACGAGGGAUGUGGUGAGGCGCUACUUUGACCAGGGCGUGGUGCCGGAUGGGGAGACGACGUGCGAGGCGGCGUGUGAGCCGUGGGGGGAUAAAUGUGAGGGAGUGGGCGCCAUGAGCUUCGACGAGGGACUCCCCCACGACUGGAGUUUCCCGCUGCACAUCUAG